AUGGACAUCUUUGCAUAUUUUGUACUCUUCUGUGUCGUGAUCUUAUUUAUAAUUAUCCUCCCACUAUUAAGUAACGUUGGUAAUUUCAAAAUAGGGAGACCAUCAAGUAGACCAUCGGAUCAAGAUGUUCCUACUUCUAAUCGUCAACGUCUGAAAAAUGCUAUAAAUGAUCCAAAUCUACUCAAGUUCAAAUUGAAAAAAGAACCUGAAGAUAAUUAUGAUGAUAACACAUCUGGUAAAUCAUCUGCUAACACCCGCGAUGGGAAGUUUGAAAUUGAUAAUAAGACUGGGUUGAAGAAACGUAUCAUUGGGAGGAAAGUAGUAGAUGCAUCAAAUCCUAAUGAAUUCGAUUAUGAUUUAGAAGAAUUGAUUAAUGAAGAUAGAAUUGAAGAAGAAAGAGCAGAAGCUAAGAGAAUGAGCAAGUUUAAAGGUAAAGAGCAAGAAACCUACGAAGAGUUGGUAUGA